AUGUAUGUCAUCAAUAUCUCAGGACAGGUAGUGAACACCUUCUAUGGGGACAUUCAGAAUGUGCAAGUGACUGUGGUUGAUGCAACCAAUGUGGAACUCUAUGACUUCUUUCAUCCCAUUGCCAAUAACAAGCACACUUUGGGGUUGAGUAAUGCCACCCCCUGCUUCACUGUACCACCUAUGGAGUCACUUGGUAACACUCAGCCUUGCCUUUCUCAUGAAGUACACCAUGUCCCUGUUUCUUGCCUACAUAUGGACCAAGUCAUACCAGCCCAUCAUCUAGCCCAGCAAAAGUUUGUGGAGCUUAUCCAUGAUGAGUUCCAGCUCUUUGGCAAGAACAAGGUGUACAUGGUCAACUCUCAAAGGGGUGUGAUUCCUGACAUCUAA